AUAACAGCUACGGGGGAUGUGGUGCAAAACAGGACGAUGAUGAAAGCAUAUAUAUAGCCGAAAAUGGAGGGAAAGGAAGAAGAAGGGUAUAAAAUGGCUUUGAGUUCCGUCAUCUUUUGUUCGGUGGAGGCCUUGGAGAUCCGGUGCUAUCGUUCUCUUAAACCGGACAUCAAUCAUUCCACUAAUUUCCGGAGGGACAUUCAAUACAACCACCGCGGCUCCUCCUCCCCAAGCACCGUUGCUAAGAAUUUCAUUACAAUUUUUUCGAAUUCUGUCGAUUGUCUGAACGACGAUUUUUUACCACCGGAGUUGCGGACGGAGGUAUCUGUAUGUUUUUGAGCGGCGCCAUUUGGGAUUUCUUCACAUUCUUAGGGUUGAAACAAUCAUGGGAACGGUUGCGGGUCAAGUAAUGAUGCCCGUGUGUGAAAGUUUGUGUUUCUUUUGCCCUGCAUUGCGUGCGAGGUCGAGACAUCCCAUUAAGCGAUAUAAGAAGCUGCUCUCGGAUAUCUUUCCUCGCUCUCAGGAUGAAGUACCUAAUGACAGAAAAAUCAGUAAAUUAUGUGAAUAUGCAUCCAAAAAUCCUUUUCGUAUUCCCAAGAUCAUGAGUUAUCUUGAGCAAAGAUUUUACAGGGAAUUGAGAAAUGAGCAACUUCACUCUGUUAAAGUCAUCAUAUGUAUCUGCAGAAAGUUGUUGAGCUCUUGUAAAGAGCAAAUGCCUUUAUUUGCAAGUAGUUUGCUUGGCAUCAUCCACAUUCUAUUAGAUCAAGCUCGUCAUGAUGAAAUGCGAAUUUUAGGAUGCCAAGCUCUCUUUGAUUUCAUAAAUAACCAAAGGGAUGGUACGUAUAUGUUUAACUUAGAUGGAAUGAUUCCCAAACUUUGCCUUUUAACGCAAGAAACAGGGGAGGAAAGGAGAGAAAAACAAAUGCGUUCUGCUGGCCUUCAAGCCCUCUCGUCUAUGAUUUGGUUUAUGGGUGAAUUUUCCAACGUAUCAGCAGAAUUUGACAAUGUUAUUUCUGUUGUCUUGGAUAAUUAUGGGGAUGUUGAAAGUACUUCCAGACAGGAUACUCAGGAUGCCACUGCAUUAGUUACCCAUCCACGUGAACACAUAACAAGGAUGUGUUCAUGGAGGAUGAUAGUAACUGAAAAGGGAGAAAUCAUUGUAUCUUUGGAAGAUGCUCAGAACCCACAAUUUUGGUCUAGGGUUUGCCUACGUAACAUUGCUAAGUUGGCGAAAGAAGCUACAACUAUGCGACAUGUCUUGGAAUCUUUCUUUCGUUAUUUUGAUAAUGGAAAUCUUUGGUCUCCAAAGCUUGGGCUUGGUCUUUCUGUCUUGCUUGAUAUGCAGUUAAUGAUGGAGAAUUUAGGGCACAACUCCCACUUUAUGCUUGCAAUUCUCAUCAAGCACCUAGAUCACAAGAAUGUUCUAAAAAAUCCUGCCAUGCAGAUUGACAUUGUUAAUGCCGCCACCUCUCUUGUUCAGCGUACUGAUGCCCAACCAUCAGUGGCCAUAAUUGGUGCACUAAGUGAUAUGAUGAGGCAUCUUCGCAAAAGUAUACAUUGCUCCCUUGAUGAUGCAAACUUGGGAGCAGAAAUUGUACAGUGGAACCAAAAAAACCAAGCUUCAGUUGAUGCUUGUCUUGUGGAGUUGUCGAAAAAGGUUGGAGAUGCAAGUCUGAUUCUAGAGAUGAUGGCAGGAAUGCUAGAAAAAUUGUCGAAUAUUCCUGUGAUGGCCAAAACAUUGAUUUCUACUGUCUACCGUACAGCUCAAAUUGUGGCAUCUGUACCAAAUUUGGUAUACCAAGAUAAGGCUUUUCCCGAAGCAUUAUUUCAUCAAUUACUACUGGCAAUGGUUUGCUCAGACCAUGAAACCAGAGUUGGUGCUCACCGCAUAUUUUCUGUUGUUCUGGUUCCAUCAUCUGUCUGCCCACGCCCUCGUGCUUCUAUUCCCCAGACCACAAAGCCUGCUUAUAUUCAGAGGACACUCUCAAGAACUGUUUCUGUGUUUUCCUCUUCGGCAGCACUUUUCCAGAAAGUGAAAGUCGAGCAUUAUUCUGUACAAGAGAACAUUAUCUUGAAGAUGGAUGAAAAGCCUAUUAUCCAACAGGUUACAAAGAUUGAAAGUGACCCAAUUUUGACCAGACUGAAGUCAAGUUACAGCCGAGUUUACACUGUGAAAAAGGAUCCAUCAAUUCGAGCUACAGGGUCAAUUAGAGAAGAACCAAUGGUCAACAAUAAUACGGUAUUGAAUAGACUAAAGUCCAGUUACAGCCGAGCUUAUAGUGUGAAAGUGUAUCCACCUAGUGUGGUUGCCGAUGAGAAACCUUUGGGGAGUUCAGAAAAUGAACCGACGAUGUUUCUUAGGCUUAGCAGCCGCCAAAUUACCAAUUUGCUCUCUUCAAUAUGGGCACAAUCUAUCUCUCCUCUAAACAAACCUGAAAACUAUGAAGCAAUUGCUCAUACUUACUGCCUGGUGUUGCUGUUUGCACGGAGUAAGCACUCAAGUCACGAGACACUCAUUCGAAGUUUCCAACUAGCAUUUUCCUUGCGGAGCAUUGCCCUUGCUGGAGGGCAAUUGCAGCCAUCACGUCGUAGAUCCCUUUUUACUUUGGCAACGUCGAUGAUCAUCUUCACAUCAAAGGCUUACAACAUUGUGCCUCUUGUACCUCAUGCUAAAGCUGCCCUUACUAAUGAAACAGUUGAUCCUUUUGUAAAGUUGGUAGAAGAUUGCAAGUUACAGGUAGUUAAUUUAGGACAAGACAAUCCCAAGCAGAUAUACGGUUCAAAAGAAGACAAUGAAAAUGCUGUGAAGUCACUUUCUGCAGUUGAUACUAGUGAAAGCCAAUCUAAAGAGUCAUUUGCUAAGCUAGUUUUGCAGACAUUGGAAAAUAAGUCAGAAAACGAGCUAUCAUCUAUCAGAAAGCAACUACUUCAAGAUUUUUUACCAGAUGAUGCUUGUCCUUUAGGAACUCAGUUCUUUGUCACACCUGGAGAAAUAUAUCAAUGUGGACCCAAGAAUGACGGAACUCUUGAGAUGGUUGGUAGUGUUAAUUUAUGUGAGGAACCUCAAAGUCAAAAUGAUCUUGAGAUAGAGAAGCCCUUGAGAAGUCCAACUCUCAUGAGUGCCGAUGAGCUUAUGAAGUUGGUUUCCUCUAUAUCAAGUAAGGUAGGAAGAACAUCAGGCUCCUCCUUCCCAGUAAAUUUGCCCUACAAGGAAAUGGCUGGCAAUUGUGAGGCCCUCUUAGAAGGAAAGCCGGAAAAGGUAUCCAGUUUUACAAGCUCUCAACCAAGUGAAGGGCAGCGUUCAGGUAGAACUUCCACCCAUGGCGGCAACAAUCAAGAAAAGGAAGAGCCUUCACGACGUCGUGUUCGCUUCAGUGUAAAUAUUAGUGGAAACCCAUUUGUUGACUCAGAUUUCCCUAGGAACCGGCGUUCGUCCAUGGACAUCCUUCCGAGGCUUUGUUCAGUUGAGGUCCAACAGUAUCCCCACCUCUUUCAACUACCAUCUUCAAGCCCAUACGACAACUUUCUAAAGGCAGCUGGCUGUUAAGCCGUGGAAAUAGACUUGAAAAGGAAUACUUAGAGGCUUUGUGGCCAUGAUGAUGAAUGGUAUAAGAUUUCAAGGUGAGCAACCAAAACUUCCAGCCUUCAAUAUUGAGCAUGAUCUGCUGCUGCUCCAACCCUCUUCUCAUUGAAUCAUCAGACGUUGAUGCAAGUUCUUGCCAUGCUUUUUGUAUAUAUUUCAUUUAAUUCAUUCAUGCUAUUUACUUGAGAACUAAAUGCUCAAUAGUGUUUUCUUUGGCUUCCUUCAGCUGCAUGUUCACAGAUUGUUGAUAUCAUUCAUUGUUAGUGCCCCUGAAUUUGGAUAAUAGAAAUAGGCUUUUAGUUGGGUUUGGGCAUUAUCUUUGUCUGCACUUUGGACUCCAUGGUCAUAUUUGUCCAAAGAGUGCAUUCUUAAUUGGUAUGCCUUUGAUUUGGGCUUCUAAGGAAGUUCCAUUUGUAAAAAUUACUAGAGAAGCUUAUGCUUCUCAAACUGUAACUUUUGUGAUAUAAAUAAUAUAGGCAUAUACUGUAGUUAUGAAGGUGAGGUGAGGCUCCUUUCAUUUCUCUCCCUCUCUUAAUCAGUUUAUUGGGAAAUAUA